CCCUAAUUCAAUUCACUCAAUUCUCCAAUUGAAGGACUGAGCUUGCUGUAAUGGGAAGCUUCAGUCUCCAAUUUUCUCAACUGGGACUUCAACAGAAGCCUCGGAUUUCGACCUUUACUCUCACGCUGAGAAUCAGAUGCGGAGGUCUUAGAAAUGGCCCCAGAAAGCCUAUGUGGAGGACGCGAGUGCUCUCCUCUGAAACCAUUCAAGCAGUUCAAUCUUUGAAAUUGGCGCAAAAAUCGCCUUCUAAACUGGAACAAGUCCUCACCACUAAGCUCGGGAGGCUUUUGAAGGCCGAUUUAGAGGAUGCACUGGCCGAGUUGCAGAGGCAAAAUGAAUUGGAUUUAGCCCUCAAGGUGUUUGAUUUUGUGAAGAAAGAGACGUGGUACGUGCCCAAUCUAUCUCUGUACAACGACAUGAUACGGAUGGUGGGUAAGCACAGAAUGAUUGAGAUGGUUGAGCAGUUCGUUGUAGAAUUGCAGAAUGAAGGCCUGCAGCCGGAUGCGAGAACCUAUACUGAACUGAUUGGAGCAUAUUUCAAAGUUGAAAUGGUGAAUAAAGCAAUGGAAACGUAUGACCAGAUGAAGGCUUCUGGCUAUGUCCCGGAUAAGUUAACACUGACUAUUUUGAUAAGAAACCUCGAAAAGGCUGGUGAGAAUGCCCUUUCGGAAGCUAUAAGGAAAGAAUGUGCUGAGUAUUUUGAUUACCCGAACAAGUUUCUUGAAGAAGUUGAAAGGAAGCAUGUUACAAGUGAUGGUCGAACCAGAUCUUCUUUUACCCCACCAACCUAGGAUGGUUUCAUCUAGUGAGAUAUAUUCCGGACUUAUUGUUGAGAUGCAUCUAGAGCUCCAAGCGUUUGGUAGCACCCGCUUUGUAUCUAGAUAUAUAGUUGGACUUUUCAUAUAUACUAUAUCAGGAUGCGAAUUUUUAUUAGUCCUAAGCCUCAAUAUGCCAGAGGAUUAUAUGAUCCAUGAAUUAAUAAACUUUGUUCAAUUUCCUGAUUUAUAAUUGAACCAUAGUAGAACUUAAGAGGGUUCUCAGAAAUUUGGAUAUCACUUAUUGUGGCAGAUGUUUAUCAGAAAUUGUUGCAGAGUGUGUUAUAAGUUUCCAUACAUAUUUUACGACGUUUUAAGUUUUCGAUUUAGUGAACUUUGCCAUUUGAGUU